AUGGCUAUGAGCUACCUGAAGGCGGUCGAGUCGGCGACCAACGGGUCCUCGUCAACCGGAGUCCCGGGCCGCUCGCUGGCAGGUACCACGGCCACCGGCACAACAGGCCACCAGUACCAGCACCACCACCACCACCACCACCAAGUGCCUCACCACCUCAACCACCACCUGAACCACCACCACCACCCGGGCCACGUGUCCUCCACGGCUGCGGCAGCCGCGGCCGCUGCUGCUGCCGCCGCGGCGGCCGCCCAUCACUCGCUCGGCAUGGGCCAUCCUCACCACGCGGCCGCCGCCGGCCACCACCCGGGCCUCGGCACGCCCUUCUUCGCCAGCCACGCGCCCCAUCACCCGCACCCCCUCGACGGCCACGGACUCGCCGCUGCCUUCCCCCAAGGCAUGAACCAGAGGAAGCAGCGCAGGGAAAGGACGACCUUCACCCGGGCCCAGCUCGACAUACUCGAGAGCCUGUUCGGAAAGACGAGGUACCCGGACAUCUUCAUGCGCGAGGAGGUCGCGGUCAAAAUCAACUUGCCAGAGUCCAGGGUUCAGGUGUGGUUUAAAAAUCGUCGGGCCAAGUCGCGCCAGCAAAACAGCACGCACCAACACCAACAGGCCCAGAACGAAAAAAAGCUGACGGCAGCCAACUCGGCGAGUCUCAUGUCGAACGGCUCCUCAGUAGCCACUAUCACCAGCCACACCCACAACAACAGUAAUAAUAACAACAACAGCAGCAACAACAACAACAACAACAACAACAACAACAAUAACAAUAACUCGCCACCUCGAGUCAAGGAGGAGUCGGGUGCUGUCGGUGCCCACUCGCCGCACGGGAGCCACAUCGGGGUGGCGAGCGCAGCCAACUCGGCGGGCGCCGUCUCGAUAGCGAGUAGCCACGCCAUCAACGUCAACCACCACGCGGCGGUUUACCCGAGGCUGGGCGCCACACCGGGUGCCACGAGCAGCGUCGGCAGCAACGUGAACACACCCUCGCCAACCCCGUCGCAGGUAUCGACCGGCUACGCUCCCAACCAGAUGCUCCACCAGCACCACUCGGCCCACCACCAGCAACAUCACCAGCACCAACAACAACAACAACAACAACAACAACAACAACAACAACAACAACAGCAGCAGCAGCAACAGCAACAGCACCAACACCAACAACAUCAGCAACAGCAGCAGCAGCAGCAGCAGCAGCAGCAUCAUCAGCUCGGCGAGGCCGGGACGGGGGCGUCGAUGUUCUGGCCGCACGCCAACAGUCCCAGUAGCGUCGCGACGAGCAUGAACGGCCAGCACUACUCGGCGGCGGCGGCGGCGGCCGCUGCGGCCCAGGCGUACAACGCCUACCAGAAUCACGCGGCUUACGCGACGAGCGACUACUACCAGAGCCCGAUGCAGCACGUCCAUCCCCAGGCGAGCUACCACGGCCAGUACCACGCGCACCACCACCACCACCAUCACGCGGCCGCGGCCGCGGCAGCCGCAGCCCAGCACAUGAGCCUCGCGGGUAGCGUGUCGCAUCACCACCUGAACACCGGCCUCGCCGAGGAGUCGCUCGCCGACUACGUGCUACCCGAGACCAAGUACCAGAUGGUCUAGCAACA